AUGGGUUGCAACAGAAUGAACAGCAAGGAGUUCAUUAAUGAUAGCACCAACACAAGAAGUGGGGCUGGAUUUAGUAGCAGUGCCUCUGUAAAUUUGGGAUUUAGUUUGGGGACAUCUGGUCAAAAAGAAGUGAAAAUCAGUGGAGCUGAUGGAAGCAAAAUUAGUGGCAGUGGUUUUGCUGAGGGGGGCGAAGCCUUACUCUUUGGAUAUAAUGCCCAUAGUUCAGGUUUGGAACUCGGAGCAGGGAAGGGUGACAAUACAUUUGGUUUUGGAAUUUCUGGUUCAAAUUCACUUGGCGACGGUGGCAUUAGCAGCAAAACAGUUGAAAAAACAGUUGAAGGAAAUAAAAUGGGUAGUUCUGGAGGAUCUAUUUCUAAUGAUCUAGGUGAUACCAGUUUGAGAAGUGAAAAUCAAUUUGUUGGUGGUGGCUCUGGAAAUUUGAAAUCCAGUGUAUGGGAUUCUGGUCAAAAGGGAUUUGGAAUCAAUAUGAUUGGAGGGGAUGGAAUGAGUGGCAGUAUGUUUGCUGGGGCUGGAUUCAAAGACCUUGGAUCUGAUGCCAGUAGUUCAGGUGGUUCAAGUGCAAGAAAUGGGGUUGACUAUUCUGAUGGUGUCUCUGAAGAUUCAGUAAUCAAUUUGGGGUCAUCUGAUCAGCAGGGAUUUGGAGUCAGUGGAAUUGUUGGGAAUGGAAAGAGUAGCAGUGGAUCUACUGAGGCUGUGUACUUGAGUCCUGGAUCUGAUGUCAGUGGCUCCGGAGGAAACACUAUGUCUUCUGGUUCUGGAAGUGGUGAAGAAAGUGUCACAAGCUCAUCUGAAUACAGUACAUCUGGACCACUCAGUACUAUAGAAAAAGGAUCCCAUAUUCCAGAAGCAACUCCGAAAUACUCAGAAACAAAUGCAAUUAUUGGUGAAGCUUCUACUUGGGGCAAAGGAGCGUAUAAAGCUUUCAAUGGCCGUAUCUUUUCUUUUGAGUCAUCGUGUGCCUACACUUUCUGCCGUCACUGCGUUGAGUCUGGAGGAGAUUUCAAUAUCGAGAUCAAACGAAAUAAUGAUAGUGAGAUUGAAAAAAUAACAGUUCUAAUUGACAGUAAUGACAUCUCUAUUAUUGGUGAUAUUAUUUUAGUUAAUGGAGAAAGUGUACAGAUACCAUAUAAUAAUAAGUUGAUUCACAUUAAAAAAUAUGGAGAGCACAAUCUCCUGAACAGCCGUAGAGGAAUCCUGUCAUUAAUGUGGGACAAAAAUAACAAACUGUCACUCACUCUUCACAAGCAAUAUCCAACUUGUGGUCUUUGUGGUAACUUCAACAGCACUCCAGGGCAAGAUGUCAAUGAGCACAUUGCCAAUAGUAAAAUUCCUGGUGAUUGUCCCAAUGCUGUUAGUAAAAGCUAUGAGGUUUGCGAAGAUGGAUUACAGUACUGUAACAAAAUUAUUGGAACUUACUUUGAGAAAUGUGGAAAGGUUGCCACUUCUUCCAAUGACUACAAAAUGAUUUGCGUUGAUGAGUACUGCCAAUAUACAGAAAAAAAUUCUACGUGUGACACUUUCUCAGAAUUGUCCCGCCUCUGUGCCUCAGAUGGUUCUGGCAUCUUUGAAUCCUGGCGAAACGAUUCCGAUGUGGUUUGUGAAAAACAUACAUGCCCAGAAAAACAUAUCUACAAGGAAUGUGGACCCUCAAAUCCUCCAAGUUGUUCUAAUGUGGCUCCUUUUCAAGACAGUGAAUGUGUGAGUGGCUGCACCUGCCCAGAAGGUUAUCUGUUGGAUGAUAUUGGAGAAAAAGGGAAAUGUGUAUUAAAGGCUGAAUGUCCCUGUGAAUCCAGUGGAAAAGUGUAUCAGUCAGGAGAAGUCCGAGAAGGCCCCUGUGGUUCUCAGUGCACAUGCCAAGAAGCAAAGUGGGCUUGCACUGAAGCGCUCUGCCCUGGAAGAUGUAAGGUGGAAGGAAGUUCAUUUACCACCUUUGAUGGUGCUAAGUACAACUAUGCUGGAAACUGUCACUUCCUGGCCAUUUACGAUAAAGAUUGGUCUGUCAGUGUUGAGCUUCGUCCAUGUCCAAGCGGGCAGACAGGAACGUGCUUAACUAGUGUUACCCUUCUCUUGAAUUCUUCUGUUUCAGUUGAAAAAUAUAUAUUCAACAGCGAUGGAACAGUUACAAAUGACAAGAUUAGAAAUCAAAAUUAUUACUAUACAGACAAAAUACAAAUCUUCAAAGCGUCUUCCUCUUAUCUUCAAGUAGAAACAUACUUUCAUGUAAAAAUGCAAAUACAAAUUGUUCCUGUGAUGCAAUUGUAUGUUUCUAUGCCACCCAACCAAUUCACAGACACUGUAGGGCUCUGUGGUUCCUACAACAACAAAGUGGAGGAUGAUUUCAUUUCAAGUCAGAAUAUAUUGGAGAAGACAUCUCAGGCGUUUGCUAAUUCUUGGGAAAUGAUGUCCUGUCCUAAAGGAAACUCUGCUUCAUGUAUCAGUAUAGAUAAAGAAAAGUUUGCUGAAAGGCACUGUGGAAUUCUCCUUGAUUCAAGUGGGCCUUUUGCUUCCUGCCAUCCAGUUGUGAACCCUAAAUCCUAUCAUGAGGAAUGCAAAAAAUACACUUGCUCUUGUGAAAACAGCCAAGAUUGCCUGUGUACAGUUUUAGGCAACUAUGUGAAAGCGUGUGCUGAGAAGGAAACAUUCAUAGUGGAAUGGAGAACUGGACAAUGUGAGCAAUCCUGUCCAAGUGGCCUGGUUUUCAAGUACAAUGUAAAAGCCUGCAAUAGUUCUUGCCAAUCAUUGUCAGAGGGAGAUAGGAGCUGUGAUGUAGAAGAUGUUCCAGUUGAUGGAUGUGCCUGCCCUGAUGGAAUGUACCAGAAUAAUGAAGGAAAAUGUGUUCAGAAAUCUGAGUGUGACUGCUACUUAAACGACGAGGUCAUGCAGCCGGGUAAACUCAUCCAUCUUGAUGACAACACAUGUGUCUGUCAAGAUGGGAUUCUUCUUUGCCAGACUCCUCUUAAUUUAACCAUAUAUAACUGUUCUGGAGGGGCUGAGUAUGUGGACUGCAGUGAUCCCAAGGCACAGAGUAGAGUUGACAGAACGUGCAGCACUCGGAACAUACCUAUUUUUGAUGAGGACUUGUCUUGCAAACGUGGCUGCUACUGUCCAGCAGGAAUGGUUCGAAAUUCUGAGAGGAAAUGUGUCUUUCCUGAUGACUGCCCAUGCUCUUUUGGUGGAAGAGAAUAUGACCAAGGAAGUGUCACUUCAGUUGGCUGCAAUGAAUGUACUUGCAUUAAAGGGUCUUGGAACUGUACACAAAAUGAAUGUCAAACCACCUGCCACAUCUAUGGGGAUGGACAUGUUAGAACUUUUGAUGGGAAAAGUUACAGCUUUGAUGGUCUCUGCCAGUACUCAUUUCUUGAGGAUUAUUGUGGUAGUGAAAAUGGCACAUUCCGUAUUUUAACUGAGAGUGUCCCGUGCUGUGAAGAUGGGCUUACAUGCUCAAGAAAAAUCAUAGUUGCUCUUCAGGAUCAGAAUGUUGUCUUGCAAGAUGGUAAAGUAACAGCAGUCAAAUCUACAGAAAGUACGGAGUGUGAACUCAAUGCAAAUGCAUAUUCCAUACACACUGUUGGCCUGUACUUGAUUCUGAAAUUUCUAAAUGGAAUCAUCAUAAUUUGGGACAAAAAUACGAGACUGUCUGUUAUACUGGAUCCACGCUGGAAUGGCAAAGUGUGUGGUCUUUGUGGAAAUAAUAAUGGAGACCUCAAGGACGAUUUCACAACAAGAUACUCAUCGGUAGCUGCUGGAGACCUGGAAUUUGGAAAUAGCUGGAAAACAAGUCAAGACUGUUCAGACACUGCAGCUCAAAGUUUCCCAUGUGACUCAAACCCUUACUGUAAAGCCUGGGCUGUGCGGAAAUGUGAGAUCGUCAGGGACAGCACCUUCAGAGACUGCCACAGCAAGGUUGACCCCAAUGCUUACUACGAGGCGUGUAUUGAAGAAGCCUGUGCAUGUGACAUGGAGGGGAAGUACGUUGGCUUCUGCACUGCCGUGGCUAUGUACGCAGAGGCAUGUAGUGCAGUGGGAGCCUGUGUCUCAUGGAGAAAACCAAAUCUCUGUCCUGUCUACUGUGAUUAUUACAAUGCACCUGGGGAAUGCAGCUGGCAUUAUGAACCGUGUGGUACAGUGACUGCAAAAACAUGUAAAGAUCGGGUCAUUGGCCAGAAAUUUUCUGCACUUUUAGAAGGUUGUUACGCAAAGUGCCCAGACAGUGCUCCCUAUCUGGAUGAGAACACCAUGAAAUGUGUCAAUUUGUCCGAGUGCAGCUGCUUCUACAAUGAUAUCAUACCAGCAGGGGGAGUGAUCGAAGACAAUUGUGGAAGAACAUGCUACUGUAUUGCAGGGGAGUUGGAGUGCAGUGAAAUUGCACCUACAAAUGAAACAUUUAUAGUUUCCACUACAACAGCUACCUCCAUAUUAAGCACCACAGCAGCAAUUACACUGGUUACCAGUAGCUCAAACACAGGAACAUCUAUUCCAGGGAUUACAACAUCAAGCAGUGAAACAAUAGGAACAACUCUAAGUCCUCUCACUGAAUCUUUUGCUACAGGCAUUACCAAAAGUGUAGUUUCCAUCACCUCCACAGCUGGAAGUGCAAGCACUGCUGGAGUGGUGAACCCCACCUUCACCAGUCCCGGGGACAUAUCAGGAACCACUGGAGGAGCAAGUGGAGCCAGCACUGGAGCUGCUGGUGAAGACACCUCUGGAAGAACAGGCACAUCUGGGGUAUCAUCUGGAGCAACCCCUGGAGCUGGAGGUGGCAGUACACCUGAAGAAGCAGGCAACGAAGCCACAGUUUCAGAGACCACAGGGGUUUAUGCAGGCUCCACCACUGCCAGCCCUGGAUCCUCAGCUGUACCAGUCACAACCUUGGAGAGCAGCAAAUCAGGGACACCUGGACCAUCAGUGAGUGUAACAAUUGGAGCCCUAAGCAGGAAAGUGACACCAUCUGAAGGUAAGUCAGGUGCAACCAGAGAGUCUGUUGGAACCACCCCUGUAACUGGUGGUGGAGUCCAAGCCAGAAUGUCUUCCAGUGUUCUAGCCCACCUGGAACUCAGGAGGCCAGGUCCAGACUCAGCUGGACACUUUAGUGGUGGAACAACUGGGGAAGAAAAUGCAGCCACCACUGGAACUCUUGUUGAAAACACUUCCGGAGCAUCAGGUACAACAGGAGAGUCCGUGGGAGCUACCACAGGAGCAGGCAGGGGCAGCACACCUGGAGAAUUAGGCACUGGGGCCACCAGUGCUGGAAACCCAGCAAAAUCAGGCACACCUGGAGUAUCGUCUGGAGCGACUCCUGGAGCCAGAGGUGGCAGUACCCCAGGAGAAGCAGGCACUGGAGCCACAGGUUCUGGUACAACAGGACAGUCCGUGGGAGCUACCACAGGAGCAGGCAGGGGCAGCACAUCUGGAGCAUUAGGCACUGGGGCCACCAGUGCUGGAAACUCAGCAGGAACCACUGGAGGAGCAGGUGGAGCCAGCACUGGAGGUCUUCAUGAAAGCACUUCUGGAAGAACAGGCACACCUGGGGUAUCGUCUGGAGCAACCCCUGGAGCCAGAGAUGGCAGUACCCCAGGAGAAACAGGCACUGGGACCACAAAGGUUUCUGCAGGGUCCCCCACUGUCAGUUCUGGAGCCUCAGCUAUACCAGCCACAACCUCAGAAAGCAGCAAAUCAGUGACAUCUGGACCAUCAGUGAGUGUAACAACUUCAGCCCAAAGCAGUGAAGUGACAUCAUCUGAAGCCAAGUCAGGAACAACUGGAGAGGAACAUGUAGACACCACAGUACGUGAUGGUGAAAACACCUCUGGAGCAUCAGGGACAACUGGACUGUCAUCAGGUGGAACCACGCAAGCUGACAAUGAAAUUUCAGGUGCUGCUCUCUUCAGAGCUGGAACAGGAGCCCCUACUGCACCCCCAGCUAGAGGUGAAAAAGAUAGCAUGACCACGGAACCAAAUGCUGGAGCUACAAGCCCAGGAAAAUCAGGCACAACAGGAGAGUCUGUGGGAACUACCAUAAGAACAGGCAGCAGGAGUACACCUGGAGUUUCAGGCACUGGGGCCACCAGCACUGGAAACCCAGCAGGAACCACUGGAGGAGCAGGUGGAGCCAUCACUGAAGCCACUGGUGAAGACACAUCUGGAAGAACAGGCAUACCAGAGGUAUCAUCUGGAGCAACGCCUGGAGUUGGAGGUGGCAGUACCCCUGGAGAAGCAGGCACUGGAGCCACAGGUUCUGGAACCACAGGAGUUUAUGCAGCCUCCACCACUGCCAGCCCUGGAGCCUCAUCUGUACCAGCCACAACCUUGGAGAGUAGCAAAUCAGUAACAACUGGAAUUGCCAGUGAAUCAACUACACUGAUAGGAAAAACCACUGGAGUACAAGGCCUGACAGGAGGUUCUGUGAGAGCUUCCACUGGGACAGGCAGUGGAAGCACAGCUGGACCAUCAGGCACUGGGGCCACCCACCCAGGAAAUCCAGCAGGGACAGCUGAACCAUCAGCUGAAGUGACAGAGAAUCAUGCACAAACACCUGGAGUGAUUGAAACAACUGGAUUAUCAAGUGAAGUUUCAGGGACAACAGAACCACCAGAUUAUGGAUCAGAAACAAAUGGACUAUCAGUUGAAGGACUGAGUACAACUGGACUGUCAGCUGAAGUGACAGGGAACUCUGGACUAUCGGUGGGAACAACAGGGACUACAGGACAAUCAUCAAGAGUAACGAGGGUAUCUGUAGCAUCAACAGGUGUGUCAGGGACAUUUGGACCAUUGGCUGCAGUGACAAAAUCUUCUUGGCAAUCAUCAGGAGUGACAGGGAUAUCUGGACUAUCAGCUGGAGUGACAAAGACAUCUGGACUAUCAGUUGGAGUGACAGGGACUACUGUACAAUAUUCAGAUGUGACAGAGACAACUGGACCAUCAGCUGAAGUGACAGGGACAUCUGGACUAUCAGCUGGAUUGUCACAGACAUCUAGGCCAUCAACUAGAGUGGAAGAAACUUCUAGACAAUCAUUGCAAGUGACAGGGACAUCUGGGCCAUCAAUUGGAGUGACAGAGAUUACCAAACAAUCAUCAGGAGUGUCAGGGGAAAGUAGACAAUCAUCAGGAGUGACAGUGACAUUUAGACCAUCAGCUGGAGUGACAAGGAAUACUGGAAAAACAUCAGGAGCGACAGAGACUACCAGACAAUCAAGAGUGACUAGGACAACUGGAUCAUUACCUGGAGUGUCAGGGAUUUCUAGACAAUCAUCAUGGAAAACAGGGACAUCUGAACUUUCAGCUGGAGCAACAGGGACAUCUGUACCAUCAACUGGAGUGUCAGGGACAUUUGAACCAUCAGUUGGAGUGACAAAGACCUCUGGAUUAUCAGUUGGAGUGACAGGGACUACUGUACAAUUAUCAGAUGUGACAGGGACAAGUAGACCAUCAGCUGGAGUGUCAGGGAUAUCAGAAUCAUCAACUAAAGUGACAGGGACAUCCGAACUAUCAGCUAGAGUGACAGGAACUACUGGACAAUCAUCAAGGGUGAUGAGGACAUCUAGACAAUCAUCUGGAAUGAGAGGGACAUCAAGACAAUCAUCGGGUGUGACGGGAACAUCUGGACUAUCAGCUGGAGUGUCACAGAUAUCUAGGUCAUCAACUAGAGUGGAAGAAACUCCUAGACAAUCAUCACGAGUGACAGGGACAUCUGGACCAUCAGUUGGAGUGACAGAGAUUACCAGACAAUCAUCAGGAGUGUCAGGGGAAAGUAGACAAUCAUCAGGAGUGACAGUGACAUCUAGGCCAUCAGGUGGAGUGACAGGGAAUACUGCAAAAACAUCAGGCAUAACAGGGACUACUGGACAAUCAUCAAGGCAGACAACAGCAACAGGAUCAUCAACUGGAGUUUCAGGGACAUAUGGAUCAUCACCUGGAGUGACAGGGACUUCUGUACAAUCACUACAGGUAACAGAGAUAUCUGGACCUUCUGCUGGAGUGACAGGCACAUCUGGACCAUCAGUCAGAGUGUCAGGGACAUCUGGACCUUCAGCUACAGUGUCAGGGACAUAUGGACUAUCUGCUAGAGUGACAGGGAUUACUGCACAAUCAUCAGAAGUGACAGGGACAACUAGAAAAUCAUCUGGAGUGACAGGAACAUCUAUACCAUCAUCUGGAGUGUCAGAAACAUCUGGACAAUCAGCUGAAGUAACAGGGAGUACUGGAGAAUCAUUGGGUGUAACAGGGACAUCUAGAUCAUCAUUUGGAAAGACAGGGAAUACUGGACAAACAUCAGGAGUGGUAGGGACUACUGUACAAUCAUCAGGAGUGACAGAUAAAUCUGUACCAUCAGCAGGACUGUCAGGGACAUCUGGACCAUCAACUGGAGAGUCAGAGACAUCUGUGCCUUUAGCUGGAGUGACAAAGACUUCUGCACAAUCAGCUGACAUGACAGGGACUUCUGGACAAUCAUCAGAAGUGACAGAGACAUCUAGACACUUGCUUGAAGUGCCACAGACAUCUGGGCCUUCAGAAGCAGAGACAGAGGCAUCUGGACUAUCAGAUAGAGUGAUAGAAACUAGUGGACAGUUGUCAGGAGUGACGAGGACAUAUGUACCAUUAGCUGGGGUGUCAGAGACAUCUGGACUAUCAACUACAGUGACAGGAACUUCUGGACAAUUAUCAGGAGUUACUGGGACUUCUGGACAAUCAACUGGAGUGACAGGGACAUAUGGACUAUCAGUUGGAGUUACAGGGUCAACUGUACAAUUAUCGGAAGUGACAGGGUCAACUGGAUCAUCAGCUGAGAUUUUAGGGACAACUGGACCAUCAGCUGGAGUGUCAAGGAAGUCAGGACCAUCAACUGAAGUGACAAAGACAUUAGGACAAUCAGCUGGGUUGAUAUGGACAUCAGGACCAUCAUCAGGUGUGACAGGGACAUCUGGACCAUUAGCUGGAGUAACAGUGAAUUCUGGACAAUCAUCAAGAGUGACAGGAACAACUAGAUCAUCAGCUGGAGAGUCAGGGAUAUCUGGACCAUCAGAUAGAGAGACAGAGACAUCUGCUUUAUCAGCUAGAGUGAUAGGGAACAAUGGACAAUCAGCAGCAGUGACAGGGACAUCUGGACUAUCGACUGGAAGGAUGGGGACUAUUGGACAAACAUUAGGAGUGACUGGUACAUAUGUACCACCAGCUGGAGUGCCAGGGACAUCAGGAUCAUCAGCUGAUCUGACAGGGACAUUUUUACUAUCAGCUGGAGUGACAGGGACAUCAAGACCAUCAUCAGGUGUGAUGGGGACAUCUGGACCAUCAGCUGUACAAACAUCAGGAGUGACAGGGAAUAGUGGACAUUCUUCAAGAUUGAUAGAGACAAUUGGAUCAUCACCUGGAGUGUCAGGGACAUAUAGACCUACAAACACAUUUGGAGCUCCAGAUGGAGUGACAGGCACAUCUGGACUAUCAGCUGGAGUGACAGAAACUACUGGUCAAUCAUCAGGAGUGUCAGGGAUACCUGGACAAUCAUUAGGAGUGACAGAGACUUCUGAACUAUCAGCGGGAAUGACAGGGAAUACUGCAAAAACAUCAGGAGUGAGAAGGACAACUGGACACUCAUCAGGAGUGACAGGGACAUCAGCUGGAGCAUCUGGGACAUCUGGACCAUCAGCUGAAGAAACAGGGGUUACAGGACAAUCAUCAGGAGUAACAGGGACAUCUGGAUCAUCAGAUGUAAUGUCAGGGACAUCUGGGCCAUCCAUCGGUGUGACACAGCCUACCGGACAAUCAUCAAGAGUGACAACGACAGCUGGAUCAUCAGCUGGAGUCUCAGGGAUACUUGGAUUAUCAGCUGCAGUUACAGGGACAUCUGGACUGUCAGCUGGAGUGUCAGAGACAUCUGGACCUUCAUCUGCAGUGACAGGCACAUCGGAACUAUCAGCUAAAGUGACAAGGACUAUUAGUCAAUCAUUAGGAGUUACAAGGACGGCAGGGCAAUCAUCAAAAGUUUCAGGAACAUCUGUAACAUCACAUGGAGUAUCAGGGACAUCUGCACCUUCAGCUGGAAAAACAUCAGAAGUGACAGGGACUACUGGACAAUCAUCAAGAGUGAUACAGCCAACUGGAUCAUCACUUGGAGUGUCAGGGUCAUCUGUACCAUCAACUGGAAUGAAAAGGACUUCUGGACAAGUGGCUGAAGUGACAGGGACUACUGGACAAUUAUCAGGAGUGACAGGGACAUUAAGACCUUCAGCCAGAGAGUCACAGUCAUCUGUACAUUUAGCUGCAGUGACAGGGAUAUCUGACCUAUCAACUGGAGUGACAGGGUCUACUGGACAAUUAUCUGGAAUGACAGAGGCAUCUGGACUUUCAGCUGGAGUUUUAACAUCAUCCAGACCAUCAGGCAGUACUGGACAAUCAUCUGGAGAGACAGAGACAUCUGGACUAUCAACUGAAGAGUCAGGGACAUCUGAACCACCAGUUACAGUGACAGGGACAUUUGCAUUAUCAGGUGGAGUGACAGGGACUACUGGAUUAUCAUCAGGAGUAACAGGGAAUUCUGGACCUUCAUCCAUAGUGUCAGGGACAUCUCAGCAAUCAGUUGGAUUGAAAAAUAAAUCUAGAACAACAAAACAGAUGACAGAAAUAUUUGGGACAUCAGCUACAGUGACAGGGACUGAUGGAAAAUUGUCAGGAGUGUCGGAGACACUUGACCAGUCAUCAGGAGUGACAGCAACAUCUGGACCAUCAGCUGGAGUUUCAGGGACAUCUGCACCAUUAUUUGGAGUGACAAGGACUUCUGGACAAUCAGCCGAAGUGACAGGGACUUCUGGACAAUCAUCAGGAGAUACAUGGACAUCUGAACCUUCAGCUGCAGUGACAGGGACAGCUAGACUAUCAGCUGGAGUGACAGAGUCUACUGGACAAUCCUCAGUAGUGAGAGGGACAACUGGGCAAUUUCCUGGCUUGUCAGCAUCAUCAGGGCCAUCAGGUGAAGUGUCAGGGACAACAGGACCAUCAGCUAGAGUGUCAGGGACAUCAAGACCACUAGCUGAUGUGACAGGGUCAUUUGGACUAUCAGCUGGAGUGACAGGGACAUCAGGACUAUCAUCACAUGCAACGAGGACAUCUAGACCAUCAACUGGACAAACAUUAGCAGUGUCAGGGACUACUGGAUCAUCAUCAAGAGUGAUAGGGACAACUAGAUCCUCCCCUGGAGUGUCAGAGACAUCUGCACCUUCAGCUGGAGGGGCAGGGAGUACUGGACAAUCACCAAGAGUGAUAGGGACAACUGGAUCAUCAGCUGGAGUGACAGGGACAUCUUUACCAUUGGCUACAGUGACAGGAACAUCUGCAUUAUCAGGUGGAGAAAGAGGGAACACUGGACAAUCAGUAGGAGUAACAGAGACAUCUGAGUCUUCAGCUAGAGUGACAAGGAAAUCUGGACCAUCACCUGAGGUGUCAGGGACAUCAGAGUCAUCUGCUGCAGUGAAAGAAGCAUCUGGGUCAUCAACAGGAGUGACAGGAACUACUGGACAAUCAUCAGGAGGGACAGCAACAUCUAUACCACCAGCUGGUGUGUCCGGAACUACUGGACCAUCAGCUACAGUGACAGGAUAUUCUGGAAAAUUACCAGGAGUGACUGGGACAUCUAGACCAUCGGCUAGAGUGACAGGGACAUCUCUACUAUCAGAUGGAGUGACAGAAUCUUCGGCACAAUCAUCAGGAGUGUCAGGCGUUUCUGGACCAUCAGCUAGAGUGAGUAGGACCUCUGGACAAUCAUCAGGAGUAGCAGGGACAUCUGGAACUUCAGCUGUAGUGUCAGGGACAUUUGGACCUGCAGAAGAAGUGACAGGUACAUCUAUACUAUCAGCUGGAGUGACAGGGACUACUGAAAAAUCAUCAAGAGUAAGAGGGACAUCAGGACUAUCAUCAGGUGUGACAGGGACAUCUGAACUCGCAGCUGGUGGGCUAGGGACAUCUCAGCCAACUGCUAGAGUGACAGAAACUUCUGGACAAUCAUCAGGAGUUACAGGGACAUCUGGACCACCAUCUGGAGUGACAUGGACAUUUGGACCUUCAGCUGGACAAACAUCAGAAACGUCAGGGGCUACUGGACAAUCAACAAGAGUGAUAGAGACAUCUGGAUCAUCACCUAGAGUGUCAGGAACAUCUGGGCUAUCAGCUGGAGUGACUCAGAAUUCUGAACAAUCGUCAGGGGAAUCAGGGAUAUCUGAACUUGCAGCUGGAGUGACGGGGACAUCUAGACUAUCAGCUAGAGGGAAAGGAACUCCUGGACUAUCAUCUGGUGUGACAGAGACCCCUGGACCAUCAUCAGGAGGGACAGGUGAGACAUCUGCUCUGUCAGCUGGAGUGGCAGAGACUACUGUACAAUCAUCAGGAGUGACAGCAACAUCUGUACCACUAGCUGGAGUGUCAGGGACAUCUGGACCAUCAGCUACAGUGACAGAAUCUUCUGCACAAUCAUCAGGAGUGUCAGGCGUUUCUGAACCAUCAGCUAGAGUGAGUGGGACCUCUGGACAAUCAUCAGGAGUAACAGGGACAUCUGGAACUUCAGCUGUAGUGUCAGGGACAUUUGGACCUGCAGAAGAAGUGACAGGUACAUCUAUACUAUCAGCUGGAGAGACAGGGACUACUGAAAAAUCAUCAAGAGUAAGAGGGACAUCAGGACUAUCAUCAGGUGUGACAGGGACAUCUGAACUCUCAACUGGUGGGCUAGGGACAUCUCAGCCAACUGCUAGAGUGACAGAAACUUCUGGACAAUCAUCAGGAGUUACAGGGACAUCUGGACCACCAUCUGGAGUGACAUGGACAUUUGGACCUUCAGCUGGACAAACAUCAGAAACGUCAGGGGCUACUGGACAAUCAACAAGAGUGAUAGAGACAUCUGGAUCAUCACCUAGAGUGUCAGGAACAUCUGGGCUAUCAGCUGGAGUGACUCAGAAUUCGGAUCAAUCGUCAGGGGAAUCAGGGAUAUCUGAACUUGCAGCUGGAGUGACGGGGAUAUCUACACUAUCAGCUAGAGGGAAAGGAACUACUGGGCUAUCAUCUGGUGUGACAGGGACCCCUGGACCAUCAUCAGGAGGGACAGGCGUGACAUCUGCUCUGUCAGCUGGAAUGACAGAGACUACUGUACAAUCAUCAGGAGUGACAGCAACAUCUGUACCACCAGCUGGAGUGUCAGGGACAUCUGGACCAUCAGCUACAGUGACAGAAUCUUCUGCACAAUCAUCAGGAGUGUCAGGCGUUUCUGGACCAUCAGCUAGAGUGAGUAGGAACUCUGGACAAUCAUCAGGAGUAACAGGGACAUCUGGAACUUCAGCUGUAGUGUCAGGGACAUUUGGACCUGCAGAAGAAGUGACAGGUACAUCUAUACUAUCAGCUGGAGUGACAGGGACUACUGAAAAAUCAUCAAGAGUAAGAGGGACAUCAGGACUAUCAUCAGGUGUGACAGGGACAUCUGAACUCUCAACUGGUGGGCUAGGGACAUCUCAGUCAACUGCUAGAGUGACAGAAACUUCUGGACAAUCAUCAGGAGGUACAGGGACAUCUGGACCACCAGCUGGACUGACAUGGACAUUUGGACCUUCAGCUGGACAAUCAUCAGAAACGUCAGGGGCUACUGGACAAUCAACAAGAGUGAUAGAGACAUCUGGAUCAUCACCUAGAGUGUCAGGAAUAUCUGGGCUAUCAGCUGGAGUGACUCAGAAUUCUGAACAAUCGUCAGGGGAAUCAGGGAUAUCUGAACUUGCAGCUGGAGUGACGGGGACAUCUAGACUAUCAGCUAGAGGGAAAGGAACUACUGGACUAUCGACUCGUGUGACAGGGACCCCUGGACCAUCAUCAGGAGGGACAGGAGUGACAGCAACAUCUGUACCACUAGCUGGAGUGUCAGGGACAUCUGGACCAUCAGCUACAGUGACAGAAUCUUCUGCACAAUCAUCAGGAGUGUCAGGCGUUUCUGAACCAUCAGCUAGAGUGAGUGGGACCUCUGGACAAUCAUCAGGAGUAACAGGGACAUCUGGAACUUCAGCUGUAGUGUCAGGGACAUUUGGACCUGCAGAAGAAGUGACAGGUACAUCUAUACUAUCAGCUGGAGAGACAGGGACUACUGAAAAAUCAUCAAGAGUAAGAGGGACAUCAGGACUAUCAUCAGGUGUGACAGGGACAUCUGAACUCUCAACUGGAGUUACAGGGACAUCUGGACCACCAGCUGGAGUGACAUGGACAUUUGGACCUUCAGCUGGACAAACAUCAGAAACGUCAGGGGCUACUGGACAAUCAACAAGAGUGAUAGAGACAUCUGGAUCAUCACCUAGAGUGUCAGGAACAUCUGGGCUAUCAGCUGGAGUGACUCAGAAUUCGGAUCAAUCGUCAGGGGAAUCAGGGAUAUCUGAACUUGCAGCUGGAAUGACGGGGAUAUCUACACUAUCAGCUAGAGGGAAAGGAACUACUGGGCUAUCAUCUGGUGUGACAGGGACCCCUGGACCAUCAUCAGGAGGGACAGGCGUGACAUCUGCUCUGUCAGCUGGAAUGACAGAGACUACUGUACAAUCAGCAGGAGUGACAGCAACAUCUGUACCACCAGCUGGAGUAUCAGGGACAUCUGGACCAUCAGCUACAGUGACAGAAUCUUCUGCACAAUCAUCAGGAGUGUCAGGCGUUUCUGGACCAUCAGCUAGAGUGAGUAGGACCUCUGGACAAUCAUCAGGAGUAACAGGGACAUCUGGAACUUCAGCUGUAGUGUCAGGGACAUUUGGACCUGCAGAAGAAGUGACAGGUACAUCUAUACUAUCAGCUGGAGUGACAGGGACUACUGAAAAAUCAUCAAGAGUAAGAGGGACAUCAGGACUAUCAUCAGGUGUGACAGGGACAUCUGAACUCUCAACUGGUGGGCUAGGGACAUCUCAGUCAACUGCUAGAGUGACAGAAACUUCUGGACAAUCAUCAGGAGUUACAGGGACAUCUGGACCACCAUCUGGAGUGACAUGGACAUUUGGACCUUCAGCUGGACAAACAUCAGAAACGUCAGGGGCUACUGGACAAUCAACAAGAGUGAUAGAGACAUCUGGAUCAUCACCUAGAGUGUCAGGAACAUUUGGGCUAUCAGCUGGAGUGACUCAGAAUUCUGAACAAUCGUCAGGGGAAUCAGGGAUAUCUGAACUUGCAGCUGGAGUGACGGGGACAUCUAGACUAUCAGCUAGAGGGAAAGGAACUACUGGACUAUCAUCUGGUGUGACAGGGACUCCUGGACCAUCAUCAGGAGGGACAGGCGUGAUAUCUGCUCUGUCAGCUGGAGUGACAGAGACUACUGUAAAAUCAUCAGGAGUGACAGCAACAUCUGUACCACCAGCUGGAGUGUCAGGGACAUCUGGACCAUCAGCUACAGUGACUGAAUCUUCUGCACAAUCAUCGGGAGUGUCAGGGGUUUCUGGAACAUCAACUAGAGUGAAUAGGACCUCUGGACAAUCAUCACUGGUAACAGGGACAUCUGCAACUUCAGAUGUAGUGUCAGGGACAUUUGGACCUUCAGCUGAGGUGACAGGUAUAUCUGUAUUAUCAGCUGCAGUGACAAGGACUUCUGGACAAUCCUCAGUAGUAGCAAUGACAUCAGGACCAUCAUCCGGUGUCACAGGUACAUCUGAACUCUCAGCUGGUGUGCUACGAACAUCUGGGCCAACUGCUAGAGUGACAGAAACUUCUGGACAAUCAUCAGGAGGUACAGGGACAUCUGGACCACCAGGUGGAUUGACAUGGACAUUUGGAUCUUCAGCUGGACAAGCAUCAGAAGUGUCAGGGGUUACUGGACAAUCAUCAAGAGUGAUAGAGACAUCUGGAUCAUCACCUAGAGUGUCAGGAACAUCUGGGCUAUCAGCUGGAAUGACUCAGAAUUCUGAACAAUCGUCAGGGGAAUCAGGGAUAUCUGAACUUGCAGCUGGAGUGACGGGGACAUCUAGACUAUCAGCUAGAGGGAAAGGAACUCCUGGACUAUCAUCUGGUGUGACAGGGACCCCUGGACCAUCAUCAGGAGUGACAGGUGCGACAUCUGCUCUGUCAGCUGGAAUGACAGAGACUACUGUACAAUCAUCAGGAGUGACAGCAACAUCUGUACCACCAGCUGGAGUGUCAGGGACAUCUGGACCAUCAGCUACAGUGACUGAAUCUUCUGCACAAUCAUCAGGAGUGUCAGGGGUUUCUGGAACAUCAACUAGAGUGAGUAGGACCUCUGGACAAUCAUCAGUGGUAACAGGGACAUCUGCAACUUCAGAUGUAGUGUCAGGGACAUUUGGACCUUCAGCUGAGGUGACAGGUACAUCUAUACUAUCAGCUGGAGAGACAGGGACUACUGAAAAAUCAUCAAGAGUAAGAGGGACAUCAGGACUAUCAUCAGGUGUGACAGGGACAUCUGAACUCUCAACUGGUGGGCUAGGGACAUCUCAGCCAACUGCUAGAGUGACAGAAACUUCUGGACAAUCAUCAGGAGUUACAGGGACAUCUGGACCACCAGCUGGAGUGACAUGGACAUUUGGACCUUCAGCUGGACAAACAUCAGAAACGUCAGGGGCUACUGGACAAUCAACAAGAGUGAUAGAGACAUCUGGAUCAUCACCUAGAGUGUCAGGAACAUCUGGGCUAUCAGCUGGAGUGACUCAGAAUUCGGAUCAAUCGUCAGGGGAAUCAGGGAUAUCUGAACUUGCAGCUGGAAUGACGGGGAUAUCUACACUAUCAGCUAGAGGGAAAGGAACUACUGGGCUAUCAUCUGGUGUGACAGGGACCCCUGGACCAUCAUCAGGAGGGACAGGCGUGACAUCUGCUCUGUCAGCUGGAAUGACAGAGACUACUGUACAAUCAUCAGGAGUGACAGCAACAUCUGUACCACCAGCUGGAGUAUCAGGGACAUCUGGACCAUCAGCUACAGUGACAGAAUCUUCUGCACAAUCAUCAGGAGUGUCAGGCGUUUCUGGACCAUCAGCUAGAGUGACAGGAACUUCUGGACAAUCAUCAGGAGUGUCAGGAACAUCUGGGCUAUCAGCUGGAGUGACUCAGAAUUCUGAACAAUCGUCAGGGGAAUCAGGGAUAUCUGAACUUGCAGCUGGAGUGACGGGGACAUCUAGACUAUCAGCUAGAGGGAAAGGAACUCCUGGACUAUCAUCUGGUGUGACAGGGACCCCUGGACCAUCAUCAGGAGUGACAGGCGUUUCUGGACCAUCAGCUAGAGUGAGUAGGACCUCUGGACAAUCAUCAGGAGUAACAGGGACAUCUGGAACUUCAGCUGUAGUGUCAGGGACAUUUGGACCUGCAGAAGAAGUGACAGGUACAUCUAUACUAUCAGCUGGAGUGACAGGGACUACUGAAAAAUCAUCAAGAGUAAGAGGGACAUCAGGACUAUCAUCAGGUGUGACAGGGACAUCUGAACUCUCACCUGGUGGGCUAGGGACAUCUCAGCCAACUGCUAGAGUGACAGAAUCUUCUGGACAAUCAUCAGGAGUUACAGGGACAUCUGGACCACCAGCUGGACUGACAUGGACAUUUGGACCUUCAGCUGGACAAACAUCAGAAACAGGGAAAGGAACUACUGGACUAUCAUCUGGUGUGACAGGGACUCCUGGACCAUCAUCAGGAGGGACAGGCGUGAUAUCUGCUCUGUCAGCUGGAGUGACAGAGACUACUGUAAAAUCAUCAGGAGUGACAGCAACAUCUGUACCACCAGCUGGAGUGUCAGGGACAUCUGGACCAUCAGCUACAGUGACUGAAUCUUCUGCACAAUCAUCAGGAGUGUCAGGGGUUUCUGGAACAUCAACUAGAGUGAGUAGGACCUCUGGACAAUCAUCAGUGGUAACAGGGACAUCUGCAACUUCAGAUGUAGUGUCAGGGAAAUUUGGACCUUCAGCUGAGGUGACAGGUAUAUCUGUAUUAUCAGCUGCAGUGACAAGGACUUCUGGACAAUCCUCAGUAGUAGCAAUGACAUCAGGACCAUCAUCCGGUGUCACAGGUACAUCUGAACUCUCAGCUGGUGUGCUACGAACAUCUGGGCCAACUGCUAGAGUGACAGAAACUUCUGGACAAUCAUCAGGAGUGUCAGGAACAUCUGGGCUAUCAGCUGGAGUGACUCAGAAUUCUGAACAAUCGUCAGGGGAAUCAGGGAUAUCUGAACUUGCAGCUGGAGUGACGGGGACAUCUAGACUAUCAGCUAGAGGGAAAGGAACUCCUGGACUAUCAUCUGGUGUGACAGGGACCCCUGGACCAUCAUCAGGAGUGACAGGUGCGACAUCUGCUCUGUCAGCUGGAGUGGCAGAGACUACUGUACAAUCAUCAGGAGUGACAGCAACAUCUGUACCACCAGCUGGAGUGUCAGGGACAUCUGGACCAUCAGCUACAGUGACUGAAUCUUCUGCACAAUCAUCAGGAGUGUCAGGGGUUUCUCUAUCAUCGGCUGGAGUGAUACGGACAUCUCUGCUAUCAGAUGGAGUGACAGGGUCCACUGUACAAUUAUCAGAAUUGUCAGGGAAAACUGGACCAUCAGCUGGAGUGUCAGGGACUUCAGGACCAUCAGAUGAAGUGACAGGGACAUUUAGAUUACCGGCUGGAGUGACAAGGACAUCAGUAACAUCAUCAGGUGUGACAAGGACAUCAGGACCACCAGUUGGACAAACUUCAGGAGUGUCAGGGACUACUGGACAGUCAUCAUCAGUGAUAAGGACAACGCGAUCAUCACCUGGAAUGUCAGAGACAUCACGACCAUCAGCUGGAGAGACCAGGAGUACUGGACAAUCAGCACAAGUGACAGAAACAAGUAGAUUUUCAGCUGGAGUUUCACAUAUAUCUGGACCAUCGACAAGGACACCUGGUCAAUCAUCAAGAUUGACAAGGACAACUGGACAAUCAGUUGGAGUGUCAGGGACAUAUAAACCUUCAGCAAGAGUGACAGGGACUUCUGCAUUAUCAGCUCGAGUUACAAGGAGCACUGCACAAUCAUCAGGAGUGACAAGGACUUCUGUACCAUCAGCUGGAGUGUCAGAGACAUCUGUUCCAUCAGCUGCAGUGACAGAGACAUCAGGAACAUCAGGAGCAGUGACGGGACCUUCUGAACUAUCAGUUGAAGUGACAAGGACUACGGGACAAUCAUCAAUAAUGACAGGGACAAGGGGAUCAUCAACUGGAGUGUCAGGGACAUCUGGACCAUCAGCUAGAGUGAGUAGGACCUCUGGACAAUCAUCAGGAGUAACAGGGACAUCUGGAACUUCAGCUGUAGUGUCAGGGACAUUUGGACCUGCAGAAGAAGUGACAGGUACAUCUAUGCUAUCAGCUGGAGUGACAGGGACUACUGAAAAAUCAUCAAGAGUAAGAGGGACAUCAGGACUAUCAUCAGGUGUGACAGGGACAUCUGAACUCUCAGCUGGUGGGCUAGGGACAUCUCAGCCAACUGCUAGAGUGACAGAAUCUUCUGGACAAUCAUCAGGAGUUACAGGGACAUCUGGAACACCAGCUGAGGUGACAAGGACAACUGGACAAUCAGUUGGAGUGUCAGGGACAUAUAAACCUUCAGCAAGAGUGACAGGGACUUCUGCAUUAUCAGCUCGAGUUACAAGGAGCACUGCACAAUCAUCAGGAGUGACAAGGACUUCUGUACCAUCAGCUGGAGUGUUAGAGACAUCUGUUCCAUCAGCUGCAGUGACAGGGACAUCAGGAACAUCAGGAGCAGUGACGGGAUCUUCUGAACUAUCAGUUGAAGUGACAAGGACUACGGGACAAUCAUCAAUAAUGACAGGGACAAGGGGAUCAUCAACUGGAGUGUCGGGGACAUCUGGACCAUCAGCUAGAGUGAGUAGGACCUCUGGACAAUCAUCAGGAGUAACAGGGACAUCUGGAACUUCAGCUGUAGUGUCAGGGACAUUUGGACCUGCAGAAGAAGUGACAGGUACAUCUAUGCUAUCAGCUGGAGUGACAGGGCCUACUGAAAAAUCAUCAAGAGUAAGAGGGACAUCAGGACUAUCAUCAGGUGUGACAGGGACAUCUGAACUCUCAACUGGUGGGCUAGGGACAUCUCAGCCAACUGCUAGAGUGACAGAAUCUUCUGGACAAUCAUCAGGAGUUACAGGGACAUCUGGACCACCAUCUGGAGUGACAUGGACAUUUGGACCUUCAGCUGGACAAACAUCAGAAACGUCAGGGGCUACUGGACAAUCAACAAGAGUGAUAGAGACAUCUGGAUCAUCACCUAGAGUGUCAGGAACAUCUGGGCUAUCAGCUGGAGUGACUCAGAAUUCUGAACAAUCGUCAGGGGAAUCAGGGAUAUCUGAACUUGCAGCUGGAGUGACGGGGACAUCUAGACUAUCAGCUAGAGGGAAAGGAACUACUGGACUAUCGACUGGUGUGACAGGGACCCCUGGACCAUCAUCAGGAGUGACAGGCGUGACAUCUGCUCUGUCAGCUGGAGUGACAGAGACUACUGUAAAAUCAUCAGGAGUGACAGCAACAUCUGUACCACCAGCUGGAGUGUCAGGGACAUCUGGACCAUCAGCUACAGUGACAGAAUCUUCUGCACAAUCAUCAGGAGUGUCAGGGGUUUCUGGAUCAUCGGCUGGAGUGACAGGGACAUCUUCACCUUUAGCUGGAGUGACAGGGACUUCUGGACCUUUAGCUGGAGUGUCAGAGACAUCUGGACAUUUGGCUGCAGUGACAGGCACAUAUAUACUAUCAGGUGGAGUGACAGGGACUACUGGGCAAUCAUCAGGAGUGACAGGGAUUGUUGGACCAUCAACUCAAGUGUCAGGGACAUUAGGACCAUCAAGUGAAGUUUUAGAUACAACUGAACAAUCAUCAGGAGUGAGAGGGACAACUGUACGAUCACCAGGACUGUCAAGAUCAUCAGGAACGUUAGCUGAAGUGACAGGGAUAUCUGCACUAUCAUCAGGAGUGAUAGGGACAUCUGUACCUUCAGCUGUAGUGUCAAGGACAUCUGGACCAUCAGAUACAGUGACAGGAUCUUCUGCACAAUCAUCAGGUGUGUCAGGUGUUUCUGUACCAUCAGCUGGAAUGACAGGGAUAUCUGGACUCUCAGUUGGAGUGACAGGGACUACUAUACAAUUUUCAGAAGUGACAGGACCAUCAGCUAGAGUGACAGGGUCUUCUGCUCAAUCAUCAGGAGUAACAGGGACAUCUGGAAUUUCAUCUGUAGUGUCAGGGACAUUUGGACCUCCAGAUGAAGUGACAGGUAUAUCUGUACUAUCAACUGGAGUGACAGGGACUACUGGACAAUCAGGAGUAACAGGGACAUCAGGACAAUCAUCAAUAGUGACAGACACAAGUGGACCAUCUGUUGUGUUGGGGACAUCUGGGCCAACAGCUAGAGUGACAGAAACUUCUGGACAAUUAUCAGGAAUCACAGUGACAUUUGGAUCAUCAGCUGGAGUCACAGCAACUUCUGCAAAAUCAGUAGUGACAGGGAAAUCUGGACCAUCGGCUGGAGUGACUGGGAGAUCUGGACUCUCAGUUGGAGUCACAGGGUCUACUGUACAAUUAUCAGAAAUGACAAGGACGAGCAGACCAUCAGCUAUAUCAGAGACAUCUGCAUCAUCAGCUGAAGUGACAGGGAAUUAUGGACAUUCAUCAGCAGUGACAGGAAAAUCACGACCAUCAACUGGAGUAACACAGACAUCUGGACCACUAGUUGGAGUGACAGGUACUACUGGGCAAUUUUCAGAAGAGACAGAGACAAGUGAAUCAUCAGCUGGAACAUCAGGGACAUUGGGACCAUCAGCUGGACUGGCAGGGACAUCUGCACUUUCAGCUGAAGUGACAGGGACUUUUGGAAAAUCUUCGGCAGUGACAGGAAAAUUAGGACUAUCAGCUGGAGUGAUUGGUACUUCUGAACUCUCAGUUGGAGUCAUAGGGAGUACUGAGCAAUUAUUGGAAGUGACUGGGAGAACGGGAUCAUCACCUGUAUUGUCAGGAACAUCUGGACCAUCAGAUGAGUUUGCAAGGACUUCUGGUCAAUCAUCCAGAGUGAAAGGGACAUCCAUACCCUUAGCUGGAGUGACAGAGACUUCUGCAUUAUCAACUAGAGUGACAAGGAACACUGAACAGACAUCAAGAGUGACUGGGACUUCUGGACCAUCAGCUGUGGUGUCAGUGACAUCUGGACUAUCAGUUGGAGUGACAGGGACUACUGCUAAAUUAUCAGAAGUGACAGGGUCAGCUGUAUUAUCAGCUGAAGUUUCAGGGACAACUGGACCAUUUGCAGGAAUGUCAGGGACAACUAGACCACCAGCUGUAGUGUUAGGGACGUCAGGACAAUCAGGUGAUGUGACAGGGACAUUUGGAUUAUCAGCUGGAGUGACAGGUUCAUCAGGACUAUCAUCAGGUUUGACAGGGACAUCCAGAUCAUCAGCCGAAGUAACAGGAACUUCUGAGCAAUCAUCAAGAGUAACAGGGACAUUCAUAACUUCAGCCAUAGUAUCACGGACAUCUGUACCAUCAGCUGGAGUGACAAGGACUUCUGGACAAUCUUCAGGUGUGACAGGGACAUUUAGACCUUCAGCUGUAGUGUCAGAGACAUCUGGAUUGUCAGCUGGAGUAACUAGUACUACUGGACAAUCAUUGGGAGUAACAGGAACAUCUGGACUAUCAGCUGGAGUGAUGGGGACUUCUGGGCAAUCGUCAGGACUGACAGGGACUUCUGGACAAUCAUUCAGAGUGACAGAGACUUCUGGACAAUCAUCAGUUAUCAUGGGUUCUACUGGACCAUCAGUUCGAGCUACAGGAAAAACUGGACUAUCUAUUAUAGAAUCAGGGACGACAACUGCACCAUCAGCUAGGGAAUCAGGAACAACUGAGCCAUCAGCUCGAGUGACAGUGACAACUGGACUAUUUUCUGUAGGAUCUGGUACAAUUAGAUCAUCUGUAGGAGAAACAGGGACAACUGGAUCAUCUGUUGAAGGACCAGGAAUAACUAGACCAUCUGUUGUAGAAUUAGGGUCAACUGUACUGUCAGCUGAAGAAUCAGGGAUUACUGUACCAUCUGCUGGAGUGUCAGGGACAACUGUACAAUUAGUUGGAGUGACAGGGACAACUGUGCCAUCAUCUGGAGGAUCAGGGACCACUGGACCAUCAGGUGGCACAACCGCUGGGCCAGGAAGAACUAUUGGAGAACCAGGAAGUGAAGUUCUAGCAUCUGAAGGUGCAACUGGAGUGCUGGCUACAACUUCUACAGGAGCUAGAGGUGAAAGCACAGCUUCGACAUCAGGUUCCGUGGGAGCUGCUCCUGGCUCAACACUUGAACCAGGAAGUACCACUGUUGUGCCAUCAAAACUGGCUGAAGUAGCAGGUACGACUGGGGUAGCUCCUGGCACAACUUUUGCCCCCAGAAGUUUCCACACAGGAACUUCUGGUGGUGUCUCAGGCAAAAACCUUGAACCCGGAAUUUAUAUCACAGAGGCAACAACUGCUACAGGGUCCACCAGAGCAGGACUACUAAAAGGCACCACCAUCUUUUUUCCUGAAGUCAGUAGCAGUUCAGAAGUUUCCAACACAGGUGUCACUGGAGUAGGCUCUGAGACAUCUGUUCAAACAGGAAUUUCCAGGACAGCCACCACUGGGUUGGCUCCUGGCACAACUGUUGCCCCUGGCAGUUCCAAUACAGAAGCCACAACUGCCUUAGGAAAAAGUGGGACAACACGAGGUGGAGUAGCCACAGAGGCCACAAGUGCCACAGGAAGCAGCAGGACCACUGGAUCAGACCUGCCAGGAGCUACCAGCACAGUUUCCCUUGGUGUCCGCAGCAGUUCCCAGGGUUCCAGGCCAGGUACUUCUGGUGAAUACUCUGGGACAACCAUUACAUCUGGAGGUUCCAAUACAGAGGCCACAACUCUCACAGAAGGCAGGGGCAGUACUGGAGCUGAAACCAGGACAGCCACCACUGAGGUGGCUCCUGGCACAACUGUUGCCCCUGAGAGUUCCAAUACAGAGGCUACAACUUCCCUAGGAGGAAGUGAAACCAGAGGUAGAAUAACCACAGCUACCACUAGUGCCUUUUCUGGAAAGACUCUGGAACCUGGGAAUUACAACACAGAGGCCACAAGCUCCACAGGAAGGGGCGGGGCCACUGGAUGGGAAGGGCCACCAGCACGGUUUCCCUCGGGGUCAGCAGCAGUUCACAAGGUUCCAGGCCAGGAAGGAAGUUCACAAGCUUCUGCAGGUGGUUCUUCAGACCACCAGGGUAGGGUACUUCUGGUGAAUUCUCUGGGACAACCAUUAAAUUUGGAGCUUCCAACACAGUAUCUCAGAUUCCCAGACCUCAUGGUUCUUCUCAUUCUUGCUUCAGAGGCCACAACCCUCACAGAGGGCAGGGGCAGCACUGGAGCUGAACCCGGGACAGCCACUACUGAGGUAGGCCCUGGCACAACUGUUGCUCCUGGAAGCUCCAACACAGGUACUACCGGUGUGGUCUCUAGAAAAACUCUGGAACCUGGAAGUUACAACACAGGUACUACAGGAGAAUUCUCUAGGACAACCAUCAUAUCUGGAAGUUCCCACGCAGAGGCCACAACGGUAACAGAAGGCAGCAGCCGUCCUGGAACUGGAUCCCACUCAGCCGCAACUGGAGUAGCCCCUGGCACAACUGUUGCUGCUGGCAGUUCCAACACAGAGGCCACGAUUUCCGUAGGAGAAAGUGGAACGGCAAGAUUUGGAAUAAUCACAGGUACUACUGAGGGCAUCUCUGGCAAAACUCUGGAACCUGGAAGUGCCAGCACAGUGGUCACAACUGUGCCAGGAGGCAGCCGGACCACCAGUGCAGGACUGCCAGGAGGUACCACUGGAAAAUCUUCUAGAACAACCGUUAUAUCUGGAAGUUCUAACACAGGCACCUCUGGGGUAGCUGUUCGCACAACAGUUGCCCCUGGAAGUUUCAGCACAGCAGCCACAUCUUCCCCUGCUAGGGCUGUAACUCCUGCAGGCACUGCUGGAGUACCCUCUGGUACCACAUUUGCACCUGGGAGCUCCAACUCAGAGGCUGCCACUUUCUCAGGAAUCACCGAAGUAGUAACAGUCACAGGUAAAAAUGGGAACAGAAUAUUUUCUAUUUUCUCUUCUUCAGGAGCCAAGACCAUUGUAUCAGGGAGCCAAGUCUCUGGCAGUCUAACAGAUACCAGGGGAGUAGACUCUGGAACAACCGUUGCACCUGGAAGUUCCAUUACAGGAAUCACCUUUGGAGCAUCGGAUAACCAAGUCACUGGAAGUAAAACAGGCACCAUUGGUGUGGCCUUGAGCACAACUGUUGCACCUAGAAGUUCCCGUACAGAAGACACAACUUCUACAGGAAUCAAUAGGACCACUGUAGUAGGAUGGAAAACAGGAAUCACCACAAUACCAGCAGAAGGAAAUACGGGCUCUGAGGGUUCUAUUUCAGGCACCACCAGGGUGGCUUUCAGCACCACCCUUGAACCUGGGACUUCAAACACAGAAGCUACAGCGUCGUCUGGAGGCAGUGGAACCCCAGGAAAUGAAAUAAGUACCGGGGUGUCUGGUAGCCACAUCACUGGCAUUCAGCCAGGUACUACUGGAGUGGCCCCUGGCAGCACCAUCUCACCUGGAAGUUCCAACACACGAGCCACCACUCACACACCUGAGAGGCCAAACCCUGAAAGUAAAACAGGCACCACUGGUGUGGUCUCUGGGACUACAGUUGCAUCCGGAGGUUACAAUGCAGAGGCCACAACUUCUUUGGGAGGUGUUGGAACCACUGAGUCUGGAAUUAAAAUAGUUACCACUGGGAUAACUACUGGCACAACCACUGCACCUGGGAGAUCCAACAAAAGUACUGCUUCAAGGUCAGCUGGAGUUUCUGGGGUCCCAGGAAAUUCUAGUCCUGGAGUCACCAGCAUAAUUCCAAGGAGCCAACCUACUUCAAGUAAAACAGGCAAUACCCCAGGAUCAGUGGGAGUUACCAGUAGCCAAGAAGGCACCACUGUGGACUCAAGUGGAAUCACUGGAAUUUCAGAUAGUUCCAUCCCAGGUAUCUCCAAAGAAGCAUCAGAAACAACCAUUGCUCCUGGCAUUUCUACCACAGUCACUGCUUCUACAGGAGUCAAAGAAACCUCUGGAACUGGACUGCAAAAAGGCUCCACCUCGGUAUCAGCUGGAGUCACGACACAUGCAGAAGUAUCCCAGCCAGAAACCACUGUGGUAGCAACAGGGGAUCAAGAAACUGAAAAUGAAACAGCAUGUCUAGUAUCACUCCCAUCAGCUCCAGUUUGUCAUGGUCCACUGGGAGAAGAGAAAUCUCCUGGAGACAUAUGGACUGCCAAUUGUCACAACUGCACCUGUACUGAUGCAAAGGCAGUAGACUGUAAACCUAAGGAGUGCCCUCCUUUACCCACAUGCACAACCGGAGAGAAGCUUGUAAAGUUCAAAUCUAAUGAUACCUGCUGUGAAAUUGGAUACUGUGAACCAAGGACAUGUUUUUUUAACAACACUGACUAUGAGAUUGGUGCUUCGUUUGAUGACCCCAGCAACCCAUGUGUCUCCUACUCCUGCAAUAGCACUGGCUUCGUUGCAGUGGUCCAGGACUGCCCAAAGCAGACCUGGUGUGCAGAAGUAAACAGAAUCUACGAUUCAAAAAAUUGUUGCUACACAUGUAAGAAUAAUUGCAGCUCUUCACUUAUAAAUGUCACUGUUAACUACAAUGGUUGCAAGAAGAAAGUUGAGAUGGCAAGAUGCGUAGGAAAAUGCAAAACAACCGUCAAGUACAAUUAUGAUAUCUUUCAGUUGGAAAAUUCGUGCCUUUGCUGCCGAGAAGAAAACUACGAGUACAGAGACAUUGCUCUCGACUGUGCUGAUGGCAGUACGGUAUCUUACAGAUACAGGCACAUCACAACCUGCUCUUGUCUGGACGAGUGUGAACAAGCUACCACCUAA